AUGCGAAUUACAGGGCUUUGGAGAAAUAGCCAAAAUGAUCUUACAGCUAAUAAUAAUGAUAAUUCUGGUCUUUCAGACACGAGUAGUAUCAAUUUAAGUAUGACGACAGCAAACGACAUAAAAGCAACAGAUCUUUAUGAUGAGAUUGAUAUCAAUACAGAAGAGAGAAAACUCGAAGAUAUCACAAAAGAGCAUUUGAAUGAGCAGUUAGUCACAUUUAUCAAUGAGUUAACAUAUUCAGUGAAUGGAAGCAAAAGACUUUCGGCAAAGUUUGGUAAUGCAAUAUUGAACAGUGCUCCAACUGUUGCCGACAUGUCUAUUAAGAAUGAAAUUUUGGAAGAGCGUUUACUCAUGCUUCUCAAAUCAUUCUAUGAAUACAAACCUAUGGACUUGGUUCUUUGUCAUAGGACUCUACAUGCUCUCGAGUAUCCUACAAAAACAAAAUUAGCAUUAACCUAA